CCUUCGUCUGCUCGGUUCUGAUCUCCUGCCUGUUCUCUGACCCACACGGACUUCAGCAUCUGGGACUCUCUGGACGGUACCCACUGUGUCUUGUUUGCAGCUGACUGGCUUAAACCAACGUCAUCCUCUGGGCUUGGACUGAACCUUAUGACCAGAUUUUCCACAUUAUGUCAAUUGUGAAGCAAGAUGGACUUGCUCAUCAUUUUAUCCACAAUGAUAAAGUUACCUCUGCUGUUGAUCAGAGAGGACCAGAAUCUCUCAAAUCUAAAAGGAAAGAGGAGGAACCAGAACCCACACAGCUAAAAGAAGAGUAUGGACCAGAACCACUGCGGAAAAUGAAUAAAGACCAGCUGGAACCAAAACAGGGUUUAGAUACCCUGGUAACAGAAUCUGGAUCUCUUGCAAUAAAAGAAGAACCAGAGGAAAAAGAAGUCAGGAAAGAUGAUUGUGAAGCAGAAGCUCAUCAGAUAGUAAAGACUGAAGCUGAAGACACUGAACAGGAUGAGAAGCAUGAUGCACAACAGCACUUGACUAAUACAACAACAGUAAUAAAUUCUGGAUCACUUGAAGUAGAGGAGGAACCAGUAAAACUAGAACCUAAACAAAUGAAGGCAGAGGAGCACGGAUCGUAUCCUCAGCAGAUUAUAAAACAAGAGGCCGACACCAUCAUUCAGUAUGAAAACCAGGAUAUUCUGAAGCUGGAAAUUGACUCCUCAAUCCUGACUGCUUCUGAUAAAGAAAUCAACCACCAUCAACCCGAAUCAAAUGUAAACCAAAUAGUUUUUAAUAAACUCUUAAAAGCAGAGUGCUUUCCGGGAAAGGACAUUUAUGAAUCAUCAGGAUCCAGCAGAGAUGGACAGCAGCUAAAAAGAGCUCAGAAAACCACAGGUCCAAAUGACAAGGUGGAGAAAAUAGUAGAUAAGAAUAGAUUCUAUGGUAAAAAAUGUAAAUGCUGUGAAAUAUGUGGUAAAAGUUUCAAAUCUAAUAAGGAUUUAACAGUUCAUAUGAGAACUCACACAGGAGAGAGACCUUACUCAUGUGUAACCUGUGGAAAGUGUUUCAGUCACAAAUGUACUUUGACUUCACACCUAAGAACUCACACAGGUCUAAAGCCUUUCUCAUGUCUGACCUGUGGGAAGAGUUUUGGCCAGAGAGGUCACUUAUCUUCUCACCUGAGAGCACAUACAGGAGAGAGGCCUUUCCUAUGUGUAACUUGUGGAAAGGCUUUCAGUAGAAAAAGUUAUUUAUCUCAUCACCAGAGAAUUCAUACAGGAGAGAAGCCUUUUUCAUGUUUAAUCUGUGGAAAAUGUUUCACUCUCAAAACAACUUUAACUUUGCACUUAAAAACUCAUAGUGGUGAGAAGCCUGUUUCAUGUAUGGCUUGUGGCAAAAGUUUUAGCCAGAGAGGAUACUUAUCUGCUCACCUGAGAGCUCAUACAGGAGAGCGCCCUUUCGCUUGUAUAGAAUGUGGAAAGGUUUUCAGUCAGAAAAGUAGUUUAAAUCGCCACCAGGAAGCUCAUACUGGGGAGAAGCCCUUUUCAUGCAUAAACUGCGGCAAAGGUUUUAUUCAUAAAAGUUACUUGAACAGCCACAUGAGAGUACACACAGGAGAGAAGCCUUUUGAAUGUAUGGCAUGCGGAAGAGGUUUUGUUCGAAAGUGUCAUUUGGACAGUCACAUGAGGGGUCAUAGAGGUGAGAAGUCUUUCUCAUGUAUAACUUGUGGAAAAGGUUUUAAUGAAAAACGCAGCUUAAAUAGCCACAUGAGAAGUCAUACAGGUGAAAAGCCGUACCCAUGUAUAACAUGUGGGAAAGCUUUCAAUGAUAAAGCUGCAUUGAAUGUUCACAUGAGAGUUCAUACAGGAGAAAAGCCUUUCUCAUGUAUAACCUGUAAAAAAUGUUUCAAUCAAAAAGUUAGUCUGAUAAGCCACAUGAGAACUCACACAGGAGAGAAACCUUUUUCAUGUAUGAUCUGCCAAAAACGGUUUACAGUAAAGUCUAAUUUGGAUAACCACAUGAAGACCCAUACAGGAGAGAAGCCGUUCUCAUGUACAACCUGCGGAAAAUAUUUCAGUCGCAAAGCUCACUUGAAUGGCCACACAAAAACUCAUACCGGAGAGAAGCCUUUCCCUUGUACAACCUGUGGCAAAAAUUUCCGUCGCAAAGCUCAUUUAAAUAAUCACAUGAGAACUCAUUCAGGAAAGAUGUCUUUUUCGUGCAUAACCUGCGGAAACAUGUUUACACAUGACAAUGAUUUAAAUAGCCACAUGGGGCUUCAUGGUGGAGAAACCCCUUACUCAUGUAUAGCCUGUUGGAAGGGUUUUAAUUAAAAAUAAAAGUUCUGCUUGUUUUGGAACUCAUACAGGGGUCUGUUUCACAAAGCAGGUUUGACAAACUCAGAUUUAAAUCCUCAGCUCUAAACUGAAUUAGCCUCAGUUUGGAAACUCUUGAGUUUUCAGUUUCAGUAAGGCUGUUCUUGUUCAGUAAACUGCUGUCCUCUGUCUUGGUUCUCCUUAGUGCUAAUCACAUUAUUUUAUUUCCUAAUUUAGUUCAAAGAUUUCUGUUUUAGUUUUGUGCGCACACAAAAAAAAAUCAUUCACUAGGUCCGUUUGACACAUUAGCUUUUAAAAACAAAUAUUGCAUGAAGAGGAUCCUAUUAAAGAAUUAUUGCCAUAAAUUCACAAAGAAAUAUUUAUAGGGAUUGGAUUCUACAACUCAGCUGACAGGCUAUGAGAUUUAUUGGAGUUUGUUUUGUUAAAUAUGGGCGACAUGCAGAUAUUUUUUUCUUUUUUUUUUUUUUUACAGUACAUGAAGAACUCAGAUUAUUUUCAGAUUACACUUAAAUAGAUUAAUUAAUUUCAUGGGGGAAAAGUAAUUACUAAAGAAUUAGGAUUCCUUCAGUGAUAACAACAAUCUACUGAGCCUAAUAACGGGCAUUUAUUUGUAUUACAACAACCGAAGCAGCUACAAACAGCCACUUAAUAUUUACUGCGUAAUGGAAGACAGAAUCAAAAUGAGGAGGAACCCCAUGAGAUGAUGCACGGGUCUUACCUGUUAGAACAACAUUUUGAUACCCCAACUUCACUAUGUAAUGUUAUCAUAGUUUCCACAGGGUAUGGCAAGCCAUUUUGAUAUGUAUUAGUUUGACUGGAGGUGUAUUUCACAUAUCUGAAAAAACAUUGUGUUCUUGUCAUAAUGGCCAUUUCAAACAAAAUGACGUCCUUCACAUCUAGAAUAGAAAUUCUGGAUGUCUAGAGUUGAAUUUCAGAUCCUCAUGUUCCUAUUGUUACUGGUCAUCAUUUGUAUUAUUUUGACUAUGAAGAAAUGUAUAUCGGAUAUCAUAAAUACAUAUUCAGUCAAGCUGGUAAAUGACAAAAUGACCACUUAAAAUGUGUAAACAGUUUUUUUUUUUUUUUAACAGUGUCCUGUCUGGCAAUGUGGCAAUAAGAAUAAUUGUCUUGAUGCCAAAAAGAGCCCAACAGAUUUAACUUUCACAAGUGAAGCAGUAGGGCUAUCGCCAUAGAAAAAGAUGAAGGAAAGAGGAGAUAAAAGGGAAAUAAAACAUUUUCAGUCUGCUUCAUCUCCUGCCAAGAGAUGUAAAAACAACCGCACAACCAACGGACAUGUUACGGGACAUACAAUAAAGUAACACCUAGAUACUAUCGCUGAAGUAUAAGUAGUAUUAUUUAAUCUGGCAUGAAUUCUUUGUUACCUGAAGAUAAGAAUGUGGGCUUUCUGUAUGGAAGUGAAUCUCUUAGUACCUGGAACCAAGCGCCUGUAGGUGUUUGUAGAGGUGCACUUGUGCAUAUAAAGAUUAUCCAAAGGUAAAAAUGCUCAAUAGUGGUUGUGUAAACAGUUCUAAAUAUAUAAAACUCAGUUGUUACUUCUUCUAUUUAUUUUUUUUAACCUUCUGAAAUUCAGUUUCUGC